UCAAUCUCAAUCCCAACAGUGUGUGUGUGUGUGUGUGUGUGUGUGAGAGAGAGAGAGAGAGAGAGAGAGAGAGAGAGAGAGAGAGAGAGCGAGAGCGAGCCAGAGCGGGUCUGCGGGGGUAAGAGACGCUCCGUGAAACAUCCAUGGGUGGCUGUGUGGGCAGUCAUCAUGAUUCUUCAGGCAGUUUAAACGAAAACUCGGACGGAACCGGAGUUGCACUGGGGCGAAACCAGCCCCUGAAGAGAGAGAAGCCCAAAUGGAAGAGUGACUACCCAAUGACCGACGGUCAGCUGCGCAGCAAGCGUGAUGAAUUCUGGGACACGGCACCAGCAUUUGAAGGCCGUAAGGAAAUCUGGGAUGCGUUAAAAGCGGCCGCCCAGGCCUUUGAGAGCAACGACCAUGAGCUCGCUCAAGCCAUUAUUGAUGGCGCCAGCAUAACGUUACCGCACGGUGCUCUGACUGAAUGCUACGAUGAGCUGGGGAACCGCUACCAGCUGCCCGUCUACUGCCUUUCCCCUCCCGUCAACAUGAUCGAGGAGAAGAGCGAGCUGGAGACCAUUGAGGUCCCAGAAGCUCCAGCCAGUGAGGGCCAGGAGUGCCAGUUACGCCUGCGUCUCUCGACGGGCCGGGAUCUACGCCUUGCUGUCCGCACCAGCGACAGCGUCCACCAGAUGAAGCGGCGUCUGCAAGUCCAGGAGGGCGUGGCGGCCAGCACCCAGCGCUGGUUCUUCUCAGGCCGACCACUCACUGACAAGAUGAAGCUGGAAGACCUGAAGAUCUCCAGAGACUAUGUGGUUCAGGUGAUCGUCAGCCAGCCUCCCACAACCCCACCAUUGCCGCAGAACCCUACACCUGUGAUAAACUAAUGCCUCGCUAGGGGCAUGAGGAGAUCCGACUAAAUGGUGUGUUUGUGCUGCAAUAUCUUUAAGGAUCUUCAAAGAUUUCUUCAAUUCAGGAUUGGCCGUUCUUGAUUCUAGAGAGGAAAUCUCUGUAGGCUUCUCCCUUCAAACGCUCACUGCCUUUGAUCUGACUAGCUCCAGCUCUUCUCACGAUGUUGAGACUCCAACAUUCUGGUUUAAAGCCUCAGGUUUAGAAAACUGGAGCCAAGGCCAAGAGAAGUCCAUGGUUUUGGCGAGGGAAACUAAAUAGUGAUGGUUCUGCCUAAUAUUUGUUAUUUUGAAGAUUAUGGAGUUAUACACUCCAUAUUUGUUUCCAUUUUCUUGUGAUGAGAGAAUAUGUCUGCAAGGCAGACCAAAGUGUGGACCUACCAGUGUCUGUCAGAGUUUGAAAUCUGAAACAGAGUGAUUAGAGGCCAAUAAGGCUUUUAAAAAAAUAGGCCUUUUUCAUUGGAUUUCAACAAAAUGGAGGAUUGGACUAUUUGGUUGGACUAUUUUCUUAAUGUUCGUUUUUAUUAGAGACUCUGUAACCAAAAAUAUAUACAGAAUAUUAAAAAGUGGAGGCCUGCUACAUGUCGCAAAAAGCAAUGUGUUUUCUUUUUUUUAAUUUUUUUUUUAUUCCAGUUCUUCUUCGUAUAAACUUUCACCAACUUAAAUUCUGUUAACAACUUUUUUUUUUGUCAUAAAGGUUAGUUUGUUUGAACUUUGCCUCAUUUUGAGAAAUGUGCUUUUAGUUGAGAGAUGGCAAUCAUCACAUUUUUGCAGAUUGCUUUUAGCCCUGAAGAUAUUUUGAUCAAAAAUUCUCCCCCAAACACAUUUGACUCUCUCUCCCUGUGUUAGCACAAAAGUGUGAAAUUGGUGUCGCGGAAAGAUUUCAGUCAUUACCUGCGCAACCGUUCUGAUUCCAUGUUAUCGAGACGCUUUUAAGAAUUUAUUCAGCUCUGCUGGGUUGCCAUAAUGCUAAGGUUUUCCUCACGCAUCCUGAGGGUAUAUUAUAGGAGUAAUGGGUUAGAAGGGGGUAAUUUUUUCAAGUGAUUUUAUACAAACAGAAGAUAUCUGUUUGGCUGCAUACACCUACACUAUGAAGAGUGCAAUUUGAACAAAUGUGAAUGGAGAGAGGACAAGAUCUGUGGCUGAUUUCUCUGGCCACCAUGGCCAUAGAUGCCAUCUAAAUGUAGCUGUUCAUUUGGAAUGAAGACAUUCUCAUGAUUUACUCUGUAUGUUUUUUUUGUUGUUUUUUUUUGGCCUUUAUACAGCGAGGGAUGGUUAAUGACAGGAAAUGAUAGGAUCGAGAAAUGCUCCAAGCUCAAACUUGCGUCACCACGGCUCAACACAUCAAAGGAUGUGAUAACCGCAAAUGUGUUUUUAAAUUGCAUCAAGACUUGGUCCUGUUGAAAGAGAAUUUAAAAAAAACUGUUGCAUAUUUUAAUUACACAGAAUGCGUUUUUAAUUAAAAGAUGAUAAACAUUUGUACAAUU